AUGAUGGAGAAUAAUGCCAGCUCAAUGCCCACCCCGCUGCAGAUUGCUCUCUGGGUUGGACCGUUGUCAAUUCUGCUUUCACAUCACCUUACUUCACAUAAUGGGAACCUGCAGCAAAUUCAAGAGUGCCUGAAAGAUGGCGGCCAGGAGGCGCUUGAGACGCGAGAUGCUCGUGGUAAUCGGGCUCUGCAUUUGGCGUUGAAGUUGGCCCAUCGUAACGUCACAACAAUCGUGAAGACUUUAUUGGAUGCUGGCGCACGUGUGCGCUCUCGUGAUGUGGAGGGUUGGAAGGCCAUUCACCAUGCUGUGGUAACAGAAAAUGAAGAGAUAUUACAACUUCUUGUUCGUCGAGAGAAAGAGCAAGCACCAGCGCUAUUGCAAAAGAAAAUUAACGGCAUUUCCCCCCGUCUUGCUGACGUCCCAGACUUUUACUGUGAAAUGCUCGUCGAUGUCUCUACCUGGAUCCCAGGUGUCUCUCGUUGGCUGCCAUCGGAUACGGUGAAGAUUUGGAAGGCAGCUCAGAACAUCCGCUUUGACAUUACUUUGGUGGGCUUUGAUAAUGGCAAGUGGGACCGAGGAGACUUAUCAUUCCUGCUUUUGGGCUCUGAAGGGAAGUUUCUUUGUUUGGACAACAAGGCUAAGACGUGUACCAAUCUGCUCGAGCUUCACACGGAACUUACUGAGACGGAUGUGGAUCAGAUGGUGCAUUUUUUGAUGAUCACGUCGAUUGUCACGACUGACUUUGACGCGUCCAAGGUUGCAUUUAAGAAGAAGUACUCGUGGUUUUCAUCUACUCCAAUGCUGCAAGAUAUUGGUUGCUGGAGAGACACCCACGUCGUUGACAUGACCGGUGUUGAGGCUUCGCUUCGCUAUCGUAAGCCUUACAACCCAGCGCACUCGCCUCCCAAAACUGCAAACGAACAAACAACAGCGUGUGAUGCAAUUGCAAUGCUGACUAAAGCAGAGUCAGUUAUCAAUCAGUACACUGAGGUAUUGGUGAACCCGAAGUCGUACCACAUUGUUUCUAUGGAGCUGGCAAAAGACGAAGAGCUGACGUGGAAAUUCUCGACGGAAAAGCGCGAUAUCAACUUUGGUGUUCGCUUUCUCGAAGAAAACAACGGCGAGGGCUGGGACGAAAUUAUUCCACUACACCGCACCGAAGCGCAAGUGAAGGAGCAGACUGGUUCGUUUCAUGCUUCGUGUUCAGGCACAGUUGUCUUUACUUGGGACAACUCAUACUCCGUCGUUCGAUCAAAACGACUGCACUUUUCUAUCGGUCUAGCAAAAGGGACGGACAAUAAACGUACCGGAAAUGAGGACUCGGACGCUAAAACAAGGGUAAAAGAGGAGGAAAUGUCGUUCAAGAACUGGUUCGGGACAUCUAUUGAGAGCUUGCCGGCGUCGCUACGUAGUCUUCGACCUAGUCGCCGCGUCAUGGUGUACACUCAGCCUUCGUGCCACAAAAUCACAAAAUCGUUUCCUGCUACAGUCUACUUGAGCGAUCAGUUUCCUCUAAGCGUAUCUGAGUUUCUCCCUGUGAUUGAGGUGCUUUCAAAAACUACGAGUGUCUUUGAAAGCAUCCAGAAAUUUUUCUCUGCGGCACAUACUGAUGGGUUUCCUGUACAAUUUUGCUUUCCCCUGGUGCCGUCGGUAUCGGCAACAUUCCGCUUUGACCGCAUGGAGCUAGAAACUCCAGAUUUGCACAUGUUUACGGUCCCUAGUUCCUAUACAAUGCGUGGCGAAGAUGAGCUCUCUCCACGCACGCAUCAAGUCGUGCUACAGCGUAUGACGGCUACAUAA